GCGCGCAGUUUCCGCCCCCUCCGGACCGAGCAGGAAGUGAGUUGAGUCUCAAAACUGAACUAUCAAAACUACAAACUAACGGCACGGUCGCACUACCCGCAACCCUGCAGCUAACGGGUCCCACGAUCAUCAUGGACGGUUUCCCGACGCCUUUGCGGUGCUUCAACGAGCUCCACCCCGCGGAGAAGUUCCUGGAUGACGGGGUGAAGACGGUCACUUCGGUGGAGCAGAAAAAAGUGGAACACAGCAUUGAAGAAGUCAUCAGUGAUUACAAGCAACUACACAGCUUACCGCAGCCAACGUUGUUGCGGGAACAACACUACCAAUAUCUCAAGAAGGGCUUACGUCACUUAUCAGAUGCUUAUGAGUGUCUGGAUGCGAGCAGACCGUGGCUUUCCUUCUGGAUUCUUCACAGUCUGGAGUUACUAGAGGAGCCUGUUCCUGCUGCUGUCGCCUCAGACGUGUGUCAGUUUCUGUCUCGCUGUCAGAGCGCAACAGGCGGUUUCGCCGGAGGACCCGGACAGCACGCCCACCUCGCACCCACCUACGCUGCCGUCAACGCCCUCUGCAUCGUGGGCACGGAGGAGGCCUAUAAUAUUAUAGACAGGGAGAAGCUGUUAGAUUUCCUACUGUCAGUGAAGCAGCCAGAUGGCUCGUUUGUGAUGCACAUUGGAGGAGAGGUGGAUGUCAGGAGUGCAUAUUGUGCAGCUUCCGUCGCGUCGCUCACAAACAUCCUCGUUCCUAAACUGUUUGAGGACACGCCCAACUGGAUCCUCAGUUGCCAGAACUGGGAAGGCGGUCUGGGUGGCGUGCCGGGUUUGGAGGCCCACGGCGGCUACACUUUCUGUGGCACAGCGGCACUCGUCAUCCUGGGCAAAGAGCAUGUGCUGGACCUCAAAGCGCUGCUGCGGUGGGUGGUCAGCAGACAGAUGCGGUUCGAAGGAGGCUUCCAGGGCCGCUGUAACAAACUGGUGGACGGCUGCUACUCUUUCUGGCAGGCUGGACUGCUGCCUCUCCUCCACAGAGCCUUAUUCAAAGAAGGAGAGUCGGAGCUGAGUCGGCAGCGGUGGAUGUUCGAGCAGCAGGCCUUGCAGGAGUACAUCCUCCUGUGCUGCCAGAACCCAACAGGGGGCCUUCUGGAUAAGCCCGGCAAGUCCAGAGAUUUCUACCACACGUGUUACUGCCUGAGCGGCCUCUCCAUAGCACAGCACUUUGGAAACAUGGACCUCCACCACGAGAUGAUCCUCGGCAGGGAGGAGAACCGAUUGGCUCCAACUCAUCCCAUUUACAACAUUUGUCCGGAGAAGGUGGCGAAGGCCCUGCAGCACUUCCACCGGCUGCCUGUCCCCGAUGACGACGACAGAGUGUCGGACCCCGCCGGUGCCUCCAGAUCAAGUGACCAUCAAUCCUAGGCGUUCAUCGGCGGGGACGUCACUGCGUGUGAAGCAGCCGCCUGUGGGGAACGGACUGAAACCAGCAAACAGCUGUGAUGUAGACGAGCCCCAACGACCCCGUGUCGGUCGACGUGAGGGCCGGAGUUUAGAAGGAGUUUGCCUGAAUAAAAGGUCAACGUGUGUGUGUGUGUGUGUGUGUGUGUGUGUGUGUGUGUGUGUGUGUGUGUGUGUGUGUGUGUGUGGCCUAGCAUUCAGCUGGAUUUUUGCUUGCAAUGCCUAAUGUUUUCAUUCCCUGAAAUAAAAGUGAAACUUUAAUUUUGACCUGUUAAUAAAAAAAGACUUUGUAGAAA